GACCGAUAGACGCCAUCUUUGGUUCAGUGCGGCGGCAGCGGCGGCGGCGGCAGCAGCAACAGCAACACUAGAGGCAGUGGUAGCAGCUGCUGAGGUGAAGGAGGAGGAGGAGAAGAAGAGCGGGCGCUGGUACCAAGGCCUGACCAUGGAUGAGGAAUACGAUGUGAUUGUGCUGGGGACAGGUCUUACCGAAUGCAUCCUGUCUGGCAUCAUGUCUGUGAAUGGAAAGAAGGUGUUGCACAUGGACCGAAACCCCUACUAUGGGGGUGAGAGCUCUUCCAUCACACCCCUUGAGGAGCUAUAUAAGCGCUUUCAGUUGCUGGAAGGGCCCCCUGAAUCAAUGGGCCGGGGCCGAGACUGGAAUGUUGACUUGAUCCCCAAAUUCCUCAUGGCCAAUGGUCAGCUGGUAAAGAUGCUACUAUAUACAGAAGUGACUCGUUAUCUGGACUUCAAGGUGGUAGAGGGCAGCUUUGUAUACAAAGGGGGCAAGAUCUACAAAGUGCCAUCUACUGAGACUGAGGCCUUGGCUUCUAAUCUGAUGGGCAUGUUUGAAAAACGACGCUUCCGAAAAUUUUUGGUGUUUGUGGCAAACUUUGAUGAGAAUGACCCCAAAACCUUUGAGGGUGUUGACCCGCAGACCACCAUCAUGCGUGAUGUCUACCGGAAGUUUGACCUGGGCCAAGAUGUCAUUGAUUUCACUGGCCAUGCCCUGGCGCUCUACCGCACUGAUGAUUACCUGGAUCAGCCAUGUCUUGAGACUAUUAACCGCAUCAAGUUGUACAGUGAGUCCCUGGCCCGGUAUGGCAAGAGCCCAUAUUUGUACCCACUCUAUGGCCUGGGCGAGCUGCCUCAGGGCUUUGCCAGAUUGAGUGCCAUCUAUGGGGGAACAUACAUGCUGAACAAACCAGUGGAUGACAUCAUCAUGGAGAAUGGCAAGGUGGUGGGUGUAAAAUCUGAGGGAGAGGUGGCCCGCUGCAAGCAGCUGAUCUGUGACCCCAGCUACAUCCCAGACCGUGUGCGAAAGGCUGGCCAGGUUAUUCGCAUCAUCUGCAUCCUCAGCCACCCCAUCAAGAAUACCAAUGAUGCCAAUUCCUGCCAAAUUAUCAUCCCUCAGAAUCAGGUCAACAGGAAGUCAGACAUCUAUGUGUGCAUGAUCUCCUAUGCACACAAUGUGGCCGCACAAGGCAAAUACAUCGCCAUUGCCAGCACCACCGUAGAGACUGCAGAACCAGAAAAGGAGGUUGAGCCUGCAUUGGAGCUGUUGGAACCUAUUGACCAAAAGUUUGUGGCUAUCAGUGAUUUAUAUGAGCCCAUUGAUGACGGUUCAGAGAGUCAGGUGUUCUGUUCCUGCUCCUAUGAUGCUACCACACAUUUUGAGACAACCUGCAAUGACAUCAAAGAUAUCUACAAACGCAUGGCUGGUUCUGCCUUUGAUUUUGAGAACAUGAAGCGCAAACAGAAUGAUGUCUUUGGAGAAGCCGAUCAGUGAUUGCUGACUCCCCUCCUCCAGCCCCUGUUCCCCUCUCCCCAACUUGUGUGUCCUUCUCUAGGGCAGGGGAGAUGGUAUGGCUGGGCAUCCCUGUUUCCAGCAUCUUCUGCUUCCCCCACCACAUUCCAAUCACCCACCUUAAUUGAUUUGAUUCACUGACCAUAUCCUUAACCUUAGUGAUGGUUUGGGAGAUGGGAGUUGGAUAGUAUCCUCUUUCUUGAUCUGUCCUUGUUCUAUGGAAAGUGGAAGAGUGUGUGUGUGUGUGUGUGUGUGUGUGUGUGUGUGUGUGCCCCCAAUUUUGCUGUUUGGGAAGGAGUGGAGGAAAAACUGACUCUAACCCCCACUGCUCUUAGUCCCAAAUGUAGUGGCCUUUGGAGAUACCCCAUCUCCUCCCCCAACUCUUAUGUGUUGGAGAGAAGGGACCCUCCCAGCACAAAAUUGCAUUCCUUCUCCUUAUAAUUUAUUCUAAUUUAUUAACUUUGGAGUACCUGUCUGAGCCCUCAGCCUUUCUGUGCAGCCUAGGGCUGUAGAGUGAGCUACCCUGGCCUCUCCCAGCCCUGGCAAAGCCUGGGCUGGGAGAAGGUUUAGAUGUGACCCCCUCUGGAGGUUGGUCUGUUUUGAAUUUCUUUUGUAUUGUGUUCACUGAGAAAAAGUAAUGUGAGCAAAGCAGAAGGAGGUAGGAAAGUGGAUCCAAACCCCAGUGUGCCCUGCCCCAUGCCUUUUCCUUUAGUGGUGGGAAACCCUUACCUUGCAAAGUGAAUGUGAACCCUUCCCCAACCUCUAGUGUAUUUCACAGAAUACAAAAACCUCCCAAUAAAGUUAUUGAAACCUAA